UGUGAGGCUGCGACAGAAAAACAUUCGAGCACAGGUCGACCUCGCGUCCGGCUCCCGAUUCCACAGAACAUAAACACGCACCGAACCAGAGCACGUGUGGAUUUAAACGUCAUUUGCGUGGCUCCACUCGCGCGCAGUUCGCACGCCGCUUUUCCCUUUCUCUGCGUGUUGUCGCGGUUUUCUCUCCGGAGUGAACACUAAGGGGGACUCCAUGAAAGAUGACAGAGGAGGUGAUUGUUGUAGCCAAGUGGGACUACACGGCCCAGCAGGACCAGGAACUUGACAUCCGUAAAAAUGAGCGUCUCUUCCUCCUGGACGACUCAAAGACCUGGUGGCGCGUUCGCAACGCUACCAACCAAACGGGUUAUGUGCCAUCCAACUACGUAGAGCGCAAGAACAGCCUGAAGAAAGGCUCGCUGGUGAAGAACAUCAAAGAUACGCUGGGUUUGGGAAAAACUAAGAGGAAGACGAGCGCCCGCGAUGCUUCCCCAACACCAAGCUCAGAUACAGAGUACCCCUCCAAUGGCAGCAGGGGUGGAGGAGGAGCCGCUGAGAGAAUCUACGACCUCAACAUCCCGGCCAUCGUCAAGUUUGCCUACAUGUCAGAGAAAGACGAGCUGACCCUGGUCAAGGCAUCCAUCAUUGUAAUGGAGAAGUGCAGUGACGGCUGGUGGCGGGGCAGCCAGGGAGGCCACGUGGGCUGGUUUCCUUCUAACUACGUCCAGGAGGAGCUCGGAGGUGCUGAAGACGGAGGCGAGGGGGAUUUCGAGGGUUACCAUGCUGGGUCUCACGGGACUUUGAUGGCCAACGGGUACGCUGGUGGUCACAGGGAAGUGCUCCACCUUGUUCAAACGCUCUACCCCUUCAACUCGGUGACAGAGGAGGAGCUGAACUUUGAGAAGGGAGAGGUCAUGGAGGUGGUGGAGAAGCCCGAGAACGACCCCGAGUGGUGGAAGUGUAAGAACUCGCGUGGCAUUGUCGGCCUGGUGCCUAAAAACUAUGUGAUGGUGAUGGAUGAGCAGCCCGGCCUGCCUUCCUCUACGCCGAGCUCCCCGCAGAACCGGGUCCUGGGGCCGGCACGCUCAGGGAAGUUCGCCGGGAGGGACUGGUACUACGGCAGCAUCUCCAGACACCAGGCCGAGAGUAUACUCAACGAUAGAGGAGAGGAGGGGGACUUCCUCAUACGAGACAGCGAGUCAUCGUGACCCAGCGAUUUCUCGGUGUCUCUAAAAGCAGCGGGUAAGAAUAAGCACUUCAAGGUGCGGCUCGCAGAGGGAGUGUUCUGUAUCGGCCAGCGCAGGUUCAGCUCCAUCGAUGAACUGGUGGAGCACUACAAGAAAGCCCCCAUCUUUACCAGUGAACACGGGGAGAAGCUCUACCUGGUCAAAGCACUGCUGUGAUUCCCUAACCCUCACAUCUACACUGGAUCUCACACACACACGCGCGUAAUACUACCACCUCUCCCUGACUGUCUCCACUCAAGCCUUAGCUCUGACCCCUCCCGCUGUGUGACACUCAGUCUCUCCUGUGAGGUUUAACUGUCACCUUCUGAAGAUCUGAAUGCCCGAGUCUGUGACCGCACUUCCCCAGCUGCUUCCUUCACGUGCAUCUCAGUGCGUAGGAAUAUAAAUAAUUCUCCGGUCUGGACGUGCGAAGAUGCAGUGACACACCUGCUGCUACCAGAGCGCCCAGGGCCUUGGUUGGGGGUGGAGCUCUCCUUCUGAUGUCAAACAUGAUACAUUAACUUCCACACACAUCGUAGGUUAAAACUAUUAUUGCUCUUAAUCCACACACAGAAGACGGACGUCAUCAGUUCAGAGAGGACUCUGAGGGACUUGUUCAGGUGUCGUUCUGUCGUCGCCGGCAAUUGUUUUAUUUUGUCUCUUAAAUGUUUGUCUUUUAUUUUUUCAAAGCUAAUUUAAUUUCCUCUCUGGCGGUCAUCUCGUACAGCGACUUCACAAAGUGACCAGAAUCACUCUUUUGCCUUUUUGUCCUUAUUUUAACCAUUCCUCUACAUGACUCCCCAUUUUAAUUUUUGUCUUACAUUACUAUGACAACUUCCUCCCUGUUUCCGUGACUUUCAUUAUUAGCGAUGUUAUAGAAAAAUCUGAAUACAGUAACUUCCUGUAAUACUUCUAUGAGGCAGCAGCGGGGGAAAGAAUGAAAUAGGGGAGAACUCUGAAUUCCUGUAGAGUUUGAAUGUUUAUCAAUGUAACCGAAUGUGCCACCCUGUACCCGUACUGGCUCCAGGUCUGCACUGCACUCACCAUACAUUCAUUCAUCGCCCUCAUGCUUUAUACCGUUUCACAUUGUUCUGCAGUUUGUGUCUGUAGUGGAGUGAGUAAAAGUACUUCUCACCACAUAAAGAUAAUAAUAUCUUGUGUCGACAGAGAAGGAGGAAGGAGGAAGAAACUGUCAUUUACAAAAAACUUUUAUUAAUAAGACAAUAAAGGCACAGUUACAGGUGAAGGGCGCUCUGAAGCUCUUUAUUUUUUCUCUCAUAGAUUAUUUGGAAACGAGUUAUUCGUACAUGAAGCCAGUGCUAGAGCAGCUUUUGAGCGUUUGCUAAACCCCUCCUCUCCCGAACAGCGAUCCAUUGGUAGCUGCGCAGGUGAGUGGACGCUGCAGAUCUGUCCAUCUUUACACUAAUAAGAGCCAAGCAGUACAUGGGGGUUUGACGAUAAAGGAUUUUUGAGGGAUUGUGGUCUUUUCACAUGCUUUUCCAAAACCAACAAAACCUGCUUUUUAGUCUGAAAUCAAGGACCCAUACUGCUACUAUGAUCAAUUUCCAACUGCAUUUGCUUUGAGAGAAUGAAACGUGGGACAGGUGCAGAAACAGUAACUGACUUUUCAAAUAACGACCAUCGCUCCACUGUUGACAAACCAAAUAUACUGUCAUCUGGGUCAUAAUUGAAUUAACUCCUGUUUAUUUUUGCUACAUGCAUUCGUUUACCGAUGGAAGUGUUGAUCAUGAGUACUCUGAUUUUAUACCAUAUAUCUGAAUGUUAUUGAGCAAUGUUAUUUAAUUCUUGUCUCCACUGUAUGUAUAUAUUCAAAUUAAGAGGAGGUGCAUAUACGAAUCACUAUGAUCCAACUAUGGUACUGUAUCACCGACAACAUGAUGAGAAUUGAAAUACUUUUGUUCAAUAAAGAAUUUUUGAAGAAUACUAAAAAGGACGCAUAGUGAAGUG